AUGGUAUGUGUUGACACACUAGCCAGUACGGGCGUCUCUAUGGUAUCGGUCCUCCCCAGGGCUACACGUGGGUAUGGCUACGCUGCGCUUCCAUGAGUUGGGUCUGGAUGACCGGCUGCUGAAGGCCGUAGCAGAUUUAGGAUGGGUCAAGCCAACGUUGAUCCAGGAGAAGGCCAUUCCACUGGCCAUGGAAGGAAAGGACCUUCUGGCCCGGGCAAGGACGGGGUCGGGGAAGACCGCAGCCUACUCCAUUCCCAUAAUCCAGAACCUUCUACAGUCCAAGCUGACCGUCUCCGAGCAGGCAGUCCGGGUCCUGAUCCUGGUACCCACCAAGGAACUUGGCCAGCAGGUCCAGCAGAUGAUCCGUCAGCUGACGUUCUACUGUGCCCGCGACAUAAGAGUGGCGGACAUCUCCGGGCAGGUGGACGUUUCUGCCCAGAGGCCAAUCCUCAUGGAGAAGCCGGACAUUGUGGUGGGAACACCAUCCAGAGUACUUUGUCACAUGAAUCAGGGAACGCUGUGUGUGCGCGAUACCCUCCAAGCCAUGGUGAUCGAUGAAGCCGACCUGAUCUUCUCAUUUGGUUUUGAAGAUGAUUUGAAAAGCUUGCUGUGUUGCCCUUCUGCCAGUUUUGAGAAGAGGUUUAUAAUACUGUAA